AGCCACAGGCCCCUUCGCCGGUCGCGGACCCGAGCUCCCACCAUGUCCUGGCGGCGCCCGGCGCUGGUGGGGACGCAGCUGUUCCGGAGAGGGGGCGGCGCGGCCCAGCGGCUGGUCGGCACGGCGAGAAGAGCCGGGAUGGGAAGCAGCACAUCGACGUCCUUGGGGUCGUCAGCAACCUCUCCUGUGAACCAGAUCCAGGAAACAAUUUCUGAUAAUUGUGUGGUGAUUUUCUCAAAAACAACCUGUUCUUACUGUACGAUGGCAAAAAAGCUUUUCCACGAUAUGAAUAUCAACUAUAAAGUGGUGGAACUGGACAUGUUGGAGUACGGAAGCCAGUUUCAGGAUGCUCUUCACAAAAUGACUGGAGAGAGAACAGUUCCAAGAAUAUUUGUCAAUGGAACUUUUAUUGGAGGUGCAACUGACACACAUAGACUUCACAGAGAGGGGAAGUUGCUGCCACUGGUUCAUCAGUGUUACUUUAAAAAAAAGUAAGAGGAGCGAAUUUCAGUGACACACUUUUGUUGGUAAAAUCUGUUAUUUAGUGUGAUUAUACCCAAUCAUGCCUUUACAAUGUUUGAGGCUGUUUUAAAUAAACGAAAUGUCUCCAAGAGAUUAAAACUAAUGAACAGAAA